GAAUGGCAACAAAAUAAUUUGACAAGAAAAAAAAUGUCGGCGUGGUGAAUUUUCGGCACAGAAUUAUUUUCAAUUUGUGGAAAAAGUGCAGUGAAAUUCAAUCGAAAAAUGUCCGUAUCGGCUAAUAUAAGUGUGGAAGCACCGAUUGAGAGUCAAAUCCAGGAGAUCGCUUACGAUGGGACGGAGAUUUAUCAAUUGCCACCGACUCUAUCGGAGCAUUUGGCAAAGUGUGCGGCAAAGAUAGACUUCAGUAAAACGGUCAAUAAUUUGGAUCUGGUUAAGCAAAGUAUCAAGAAAGAGGACGAGAAAAAGGACGACGACUCGAAGGAUGCGGCCGCACAUUUUCAGUCCAGCUUGUGGCCGUGGGAUUCCGUCAGGAACAAGUUGAAGGAUGCCUUUACAGAGGUUUGUGUGCUGUCGGAUGUGUUGGCCAUUGCUAAGGAGAAACGGUUCAUGGUGUUGGAUCCGAUUCCACAAGAACCCCCGGAGGUCAAGCAGAUGGUGCAGGUUUACGCGCGGAAGAAAGCACUGGCCAGUGCUGCAAAUAUUCUUUUGACCGGAGCAGAACGACUAAAAACGGCUCACACUGAUCAAGGUGGAAACCGGAGUGCACCUGACUUCCACAUAGAACUUCUGCGGUUAAGGAGGAAUUGGCGACUGAAAAAAGUUUCCAAUACGAUCAUUGGUGAUUUGAGUUACCGAACAGCGGGGUCAAAGUUUAUGCAUCCGGGAAUGUUUGAAGUGACCAAGGCGGAGGACGAAGACAAUAAUGAUGAAAAUGCUUCGGCAGCAGCUGGAACCGUUGCAACAACUGGAACUGCUCCUGAACCAAAGCUGACUUCGCUGAAAGUAAACGUCCCGACAGAACUGCAAGGUGUAGCAUUCAUCAAAGUUAUUACUCAAAAAGAUCAGGGCGAUCUUUGUACGGCUACUUUGAAUAUGAUGGGAUCGACUCAACUAUUUCCACAAGCCGGAGAGUGGCAGAAAACCCUUGAUUUUGCACAAAAUGUUCUAUUUUGCAAGGAACUGUUCAAUCAACUGGCAAGAGAGGCUGUACAGUUGCAAGCACCGAUACCGCACGUUGUCGUUGGUAAUCAAAUCCGGGCAACUCUACUUCCAGGCAUUCAAUUAGUUAUCUCUCUUUGUCAUUCGACUUCGUCGGAUUCGAACAACAGCUCCGAGCCUAUCAAAGAUCACGAUCACGUCUUGGAGCAUUCGUUACACCAAUUGUUGCGCGAAUUCCAUCACAAGAAUACUCAUCAUCCCUUCCCACAUCCUGCCAGUGCUCCACUAGGCCCGAGUAAGAAACGUAUGUUGGCUGGUCCUUCGGCUUUCGAUCGGUAUGAGCUGCUGGAAAUGACAAAAUCUCAAACGCUCUUGGAGCAAAUCAUUGCCCAAGCGCAGCACAUUUUCACAAGGCGUCGAGCGCAAUACGUUCUGGAUACUUUGGCACGGGAAGUGAAAGAUCCUCAGAUAACAUCUCACUGGAAUGCCAUGAAUAGUCCCACGAUGUCCUGCGUGAAAAUCAACAUAACGUCACAUGGGUACGAUGCUAAUCUACGAACGUCGCUGGUCAUCCACGUGAAGGAACGUUCCCUCAAGUGUAUCUGUCGAGAUGGUCGCAUAAUGCACAUGUCCUACGAGAUGCAGGAACUCCGCGAUUUAAUCCUUUACCAGAUUAGCCAACAUCAAAUCGUUUGCCUACAGAGCUUGGCCAAGUGUAUGGCGUGGCAAAUUCUGUCCAACAGUAGCCAUUUGGGGAUAGGAUCGGUUGAACCACUGGGAAAUGCCAGUUCCUGCGUAUUAGCAUCUCCCAACAGUGAUCGUCUGAUUGCGGUGCAAGUUCGAUGCGAUCCGCAACUCGAUGUCAAGGUGUACAUUGCCCAGAGCCCCGGAAAGGACUUCUUCCCUGGAUCGCUGGUACAGGGUCGACACUGGGAACAUCUGGGAGGGCACUUCAAGGAGCUGCGCUUCGAUAAAAUGGAGGGUAAAAACUUCCACAAUAAAAUGGAAUUCCUGAUGGCAAGUUUGACGAGUCAAACCUAACAACAACUGGUGUUCAACGGCAUUUUCAUCCCAACGGAAGCAAGUGGCAAUCAAGCACCUAAUUUGGAUCCAUUAUCGUUUGACAUCGUGCGAGAUCCCUAGCAAGCAAGGUAAGAUUAAUAGUAUAUAAGUCUCAUUCAAGCAUUUCUCAUUUUACUUGAUAGAUCUAAGCAAAGAUAAACCCAUACUUAUUUAGAGCGUUUCGUAAUAAAUCAUCGCAAUUUA